UCUUGUUUCCACCUCUGCAGACGAACUCAACACUGCUGUCGAACACAACCCGGGCGUUUAACUCCAAAAGUCAAGAUGCCAGAAACAGCAGAAGCUGUGUCAGCGACUCUCACCACCAACAGAAACUGCACCAUAGAAAUAACCAAUGUCAGCGGCCACUACUGUCUCAUCAACCCCAAGGUGUACAUGGAGAGCGGCUUCUGCCACCACCCCCCCCAGCCGACCGUUCGCACCACCAAGACCGAAGUGUGCUCGUUCACCAAGGACGACAACACCGCCACGGGCGCUGUCGGCCUGCUGACCUAUGACCUGUUCCAUAUGCAGAGCCGGGUUUGCUCCGAGCGCAUGGCCAUCUUGUUCUCCGUGCCCUAUGACCACAACUUGUACAAGAACCGGCUGGCCGUGGGCGUGGUUGAGCAUUCCCGCGACUGCGACAAACAUUUGUACAAGCAGAUGUAUGAUGGGAAAGACCUCAGUAACUUCUCCCGCUCUGAUGCAAAUGGCUGCGGGCUGGAGUUCAAAGCAAAGCAUGUUGAUGUGAGGGCAACCAUGUCUUCUGUUGGCAAAGGCAUUGUUAAAGUGGAGCUCUAUGAUAAAAUGGGUCAUUAAUGCUGAAGGAAUUACUGGUAUUCUGCUUUUUAGAUGCCUUUGUAUAGCAGAAUGAAUAAACAUCAUUAAAUUUGAAAAUGUAUUGUGAUCCAGAAAUAAAAACAUCCCGAAGAGAGGAAGAAUGAUUUUGCUGUCAUCUGUAUUUUUUUUGUCCGCAGAAAGAUAUCAAUAUCUGACAGCCAGUACAUUGAUUCUCCAUUAGCUCAUUGUUUGGGCUUAUGUACAUUAUACACUCUCUUCUAUUUGAUUAUGGUAAUAAAACAUUCAAACCCAA